GCUCAAGAGCGCCUUCCAGAGGACCAUCUGCAGCCGGCAUGAGAGUCUGGUCAAUGAUUUCCUCUUCCAGGUGUGCGACAGCAAACAAGUCUGGAGAGAACCCAAGAACAUCCAGAGUUGUCCACCUACAGCAGGACCAGGGGCGGCUCACGAGGCUGAAAGCCACACAGAUUAAAGUUUGGUGGAAUGGAGAGGCAGAAAGUAGGGGAAAUGGGACAGAAGCCUUGGUUUUGAUCCUGGCCGCGGCAUCGCAGGCCAAGUUCCUUAAACUUGCUGAGUCCCUUUCCCUGUUUCCGUGCCCACAAUAUGCAGAGAGUCCCAGCGUUGUUAGGGGGCAACCUGGCCUGGGAGCUCCAGGACCGGGCGCGGCCCAGGGCAGACGCAAAUCGCGACCCCGCGGGCCCCUCCCGGGGUCACUACGAUCUCUCCGCAGGUGCCCCAACCUCGAGUCCGUCACGCUUUCAGGAUGCGGCCAUGUCACCGACGACUGCCUCGUGCGCCUACUGCGCUGCUGCCAGCACUUGCGUGCGCUGCGCCUGGAGAACUGCGCGCGCGUCACCAACCGCACGCUUGCUGCUGUGGCGACGCACGGGCGCGCGCUGCAGACCCUGCACGUGGACUUUUGCCGCAACGUGAGCGCGGCCGGCCUGCUCCGCCUGAGCGCCGCGUGCCCGCGCCUGGCGCUGCGAGCCGAGCACAGCGCGACGAUGAUCCCCGACCAGCUCCCCAGGGCGCCCGGCACUGCCCUUCGUAAGCUACUGCCGCGCUAGGCAGACGGCGCCGAGGCACGACACGCGGCCAAGGGCCGCCGGGCGGAAGGAGCAACCUGGUUUCCAACCACAGCCCCUCCACCUCCCAGAGCGUUGUCACACCUCUGAAGCUCAGUUUCCCUGUCUGCAAAAUUGGGACACUAAUGCCUACCUCACAUUAAUGGCGGUUUUACGCACAGGAGUGCAAGAUUAACCGGAUGCUGGGAAAACACUCGGAUAUUUCUCAGUAAACACCAGCACAUUUCCCGACGCCCUUCUGCCCCAGGUCCUCAACCACACACUGCCUGCAGCAGCGGGACAGGCCUGCACCACGCAUGGACUACAAUCCCUGGCGGGGGCCGAAAUACCCGCACGGGGAGGCGUGGCCACCGGGAACUCUCCGGCAUCGCGCAAGCGCCCUAGGAACGGGGGUGGGGCGACCUCCGCAGCCGGCCUCUCGUCCCGCACUACGUCUGCGGCUCCGGCUUCCCAGGAGCGUGGCCUCCGUGCAGCGCGAGCGGGCGGGAGAAGUGGGGGACCCGGGACUCACAGCCGGAGAGAGCCACCGAACCCGCCACCGCGGCCCUGUCGCCCGCACCUUUGCUCGGUGGCCGGGCGAGCCCGCUUGCCUUUCCCCAGCAGAGACCGCACACAGAAUUCUAGAAAAUGCGCUGGUAGAUGUGAUUCUUUCAUAAAUAGCAUAUCCUUAUUUUCUAUGGUUAUCUUAUCACAAAGGCAGAAGAAAUCGUUUGAAAAACCCUAAGUAAAGAUUUGAAAAC